AUGUCGUUAGGAAGCAAGUACCAAGUGUUUCUAAGCUUUAGAGGACCUGAUACUCGUAUUGGAUUCACUGACGUCUUAUUUCAUAGCUUGAACGACAGUGGAAUAUGCGUCUUCCGAGAUGAUGAAGAGGUUCGUGCCGGUGAAAGGAUUGAUGGAUCGCUUCAACGAGCGAUUGACAACUCCAGGAUCUACAUACCCGUCUUCUCUCGGACCUAUGCUUCGAGCCAAUGGUGCCUCCGCGAGCUCGUGCAAAUCGUGGCAAACACUUCCAUCUCAGAAGGUGAAAAAGAGAUCCUACCUAUUUUCUUCGAUGUGGAACCCGACGAUGUUAAGUUGAAAACUCCGUUGUAUCGUGAUGCCAUACUGAAUUUGGAGCACGAGAAGAAGUUGAGUACUGAGCAAGCAGAUGCUUGGAGAAAGGCUCUCAUGGAGGUUGAUGCGAUAAAGGGGUGGGAAGUGAAGAAGUACAAAGGCUAUGUCGAUGUGAUUAAAUUGGUAGUUGAGGAGGUUGUGAAAAAGCUGAAGAUAAAACAUAGAUCAGUGACUGAAAAUUUAGUUGGAAUUGAUGAUCGCGUGAUGGCGGUAAAUGAAUUGUUAGACGUUAAUUUUGGCGGUGUGCGGCUCAUUGGAAUUUAUGGCAUGGGAGGUAUCGGUAAAACGACUCUUGCCAAGGUGGUUUUCAACCAACUCUCUUUUCAUUUUGGAAAGUGGUGUUGUUUCCUUGAAAAUAUUCAAGCGAAGUCGUCAAGUACUAAUGGCUUAAUUGAGUUGCAAAAAAAAUUAUUAUCCGAAAUCGGCCAUCCUGAAAGAGCAAGGAGCAUUGACGAAAUUGAUUAUGGAACAAAGAGGAUUGAAGAAGCACUUAACAAUAAGAAAGUCCUCAUUGUACUUGAUGAUGUUGCCAACAACAAACAAGUGGAGGAAUUAGUUGGAAGGAGUAGUUUGUAUCCGGGAUCUCGAAUAUUGAUUACAACUAGGAAUAAAGAUGUUUUCCGAGUCAGAGACCAAACUGUCAAAUCUUAG